GGUGGUUGCGAUGCCUUCAGUCCACAAUGCUCGGUGCCGGCGGCGCACGCGUCUACUCACUAACCAACUAACAAGCAAUUAGAGAAAUCCAUAAGUGCAUACGUGCAGUGAAGUGUGGAAGAUGCGAUCCGCAUUGCUCUGCGUUUUCUUUACACUAAUUAUACUGAGAAGAAUUCACGCCCAACAAGAUGAGUUCAGACCUAUGCCGAUACCGCUGAGCGACUGGCAGUACUACAGGAGGGAAGGUCGCGCUGGAAAUUUUCACGAAACGAUCAAGACAGAAUCACCACCGAUCGCGGCAGCUAUCCCCGCUCAUUAUUGGGAGGACGCUUUGAGACACAGCGUGUAUCUCACUCUUGUUAGGGACAAAAUCGACCAAUUAAUAGCCAAAGGGGAGGUCAUAUCACCCCACAGCAAACACGGUAAUUACGAUUCUAAAGAAAUCGACGAUCACGAUCUCUGGGACAAAGUAAAAACGGCGCCCUUCGAUAGAAUCAAACAGGAUGAUCCGGAUGGUUUCGGAGACAUUACGAUAAUGGCGAAAGGGAGACUCCUGGAAAACGAUAGGGGCUACCAUUUUGUAGAGGAUGAAAGAACUAAAGACAAAUGCGGCGAAGACGACUGCAUGCGGGACGUGAAAGCGUUCUGGUCGGUGAAACGUGUGAGGCAAAGGGACAUGGAAACAUCUCCAGGGAAAUAUCACUACGAACUGACCUUUUCCGUUAUAUCACAAAAGCCUAAAAAGCAAACAAAGCCCUACGAGAAUCCUAUCCGAACGUUCACGGUCAAAGAGAGCUCUCCCAAUGGCGUAUUAGAUAAACCGCAAGAAUAUAGAAAAUUCGGACAUGGACCUCAAACAUCAAGACCUGAAAGAGCAAUUUGGGUCCACAAAAACAUAUCACCGACGAAACAAACGGGAAGGAAGCAUUACUUUCACGGACUGGAUAGAAUAUUCUCGUCUUUCUUUUCUGACGAUGAAGAAAAGGCGUUCGAUCCUUCACCGCAAAAAUACAAGCAAGGACCCUUUGUUACUCCAGUACCACCUCUAUACCCUAAAAUCGGACACGUAGGUCCUAAUGAGCAAUACCAACAGAUGCCUUAUCCUUACAGGCCACAUCCCGGUAAACAUGUGAGGCCGCCUUUACAAGCGCCCCCUACAUAUCCACUUCAACAUCAAUAUUUAGAUGGUAUAAUUACCGCAUCCAACCCCCAUGCACCAUAUUCUCAUGACCACAGAGUAGAAUCGAGUCAAACAAUAAAGACAACUCGGCCAGCGGUAUUACCAACGCCGCUUCCUCAAAAAGGUUAUUCUGGUGAAGUGACUAACAUGAUGUCUAUAGAGAGUACCGAUGACACGUCUCUACCUCCCGAGACUACUGUGGUACAUAAAACUUACAAUAAAUACAAAACAACACCAGCAAAACAGAACUACUUCUCGGAUCACGUCAGACCACCGAUAUACAACGCUCCACCCGGUGUUUUCGUGACGAUGGAUAAAAAACCAUUCAAACCGAUGCCCCCACUGAAGCUUAUGCACUCGAAACCACACCGACCGAACAGACCGAUAGAUUUUAGACCGAGCCCUCAAAUAACCGACGUCCAAAAUACGGAUACAUUUGCUGACAGCGCAUUUAGACCGAUAACAAUGAAUUUUGGUGACAGCAGUGCACCUGAAAAGUUAGAAAUCCUCGAUACUCCUAAAAAAGGCGAAGCAAAUAAAAACCGAAAACCGACUGCGACUGGAAAGAAACCACCGAAAAAACACGAAAAACCACAGCGCACCACCACGGCAACUCCUGAUAUAAUCACCGCUCAAUCGACUUCCGAGGAAGAAAUCGAAACGCUAGAUUGGGCAAAUAUAUUAGGUGCUUUUACCAAGACUACACCGAUGUUGUCACAAACUGAAAAAAUGCAUAUCACUGAAGCUACCACCACACCAUCGACCACCACAACGACCGUAACUACAGCGAGGCCGAGGAGUACGACGACCACAGCAGCGCCCGAGAAAACGACAAUAUCCACAACCGCCAAACCCAAGCGUACGCGUCCUCCACCAAAAUACGCCAAACAAGACAAAAUCAAGAAACAUAAGAGAAUCACCACCACCACCACCACAACUACAACCACGACAUCUACGACAACCGAAGUUCCAGAAAACCAAAACAAGAAAAGAUUAUCACACGACCUGACACCACAAGCAUCUUCCGCUGCUACAGGGCUCCCUAAACCUACAACAUCCCACAGGGAACCACAGAACAAAACGCAAACUACAACUCCCAGUACAACAACUACAACCACGACGAGCACUAAGCCGACAACAAGCAAAACGACUACAACGACGCAAUCGCCUAGCACGACAAAGUCAACUCUCUCUACGACGCAACCGAGAAAUAAAAGCAGAUUCCGACAAUCCACAUUAAUGUAUAAGGGGACGUCAAUCAAACACGACAAAUGGAAUGGUGUUCAAAGUAAUCAAACGGUCACAACGACGCCUAAUGCCCCUCAUAAUCAUAGACGAAAAGGUUCAAACUUCCAUGGCUACGUAUCAUCGACGCCACGUCAAAUUAUUGAGGAAAGGGAAAGAAAUCAUGCGGAUUAUAAACCCAGUCCAAGUACAGAAUCUGUUACUGAAAUAAAAACCACACAAACGAAUUACGAAGAACCUUUAGAACAGUACGAAACAAAUAGUGUAAUACCAUUAGACCACACAGACAAGGAAGCCGAGGAAGAUUAUGAAGAUGACUCUAAAGAUCAGUCAGAAUUUAUUUUUCAGCCCACAACAACACAAUCUACUCUACAAGUAGUUUCAACGUCCUAUACACCGGCUGGUAACAAAACAAAAUGCAAAAAGAAAAAAACUAACAUUUCAACAACAGAACAACCAAUCGACUUCAGUGCUGAAACUUUUGGUACAACACCAAAAUCUUACACAGUUGCUACAACAAGAAGUCCUACUGAAUCACCAACAACUAGUGAUAUUUUGGAAGAGUUUUUAAAUUUCAAUUUUAAUGAUGAUGAAGAAAAAGGGUCGAGUAAUGCCAGGGGCGAUUUACAAAAAGAAGAAAGUAUGAAUCACGAAAGUUAUUUAAAGAUUGAUGACUUUGAGGAAUUCUUAGAUAUGCAUUUAUCAGAUAAAAAGCAUUCUUCAGAUGACGAUCAGUAUGGAAAUGAUGAUGAAGACGACGAAAAUGAGGAUGACGACGUUGAAGAAUAUGAGAACAGCAAGAUACCCUCAAUUGAUGAUGACACGGAAUUUCCAUCGGAAGAAGAAAAGCACGAAACUGGCAGACAUUCAAAUACCGAAAACACAGAAGAAAAACGUCCUUACACCUUAUUUGAAUUAAUGGCCAUGUCAUAGACUGAACUUUUUACUUUUUAAUAUAUCAUUAAAUGCAGCUUUAAUUUAUUUCUGUUUAUAAUAAUUUUAAAGUAACACAAACAGGAAAGGCAUUUAAAAUGUAACAUAAAUCACUUUUUAUUACCAAUUUUGUACUGCUGCUCCCUCAUUGUAAAUACUCAAAAGUACUAUAGAUAAGUUAAAUAUAGUGAAGAUAUUUUGUAAGCAAUUAUUAUUAAAAAAAAUAUAUUUAUUGAAAAA